CACAUUCAUACAAGUUUUACUGAUGAACUCGAUACCCUCUCCUCUUCUGCUUCAUUCUAACUGAACCGCAGCCACCCAUACUCAGUACAACGGUGACUUCUGCGAGAGCCUUUUGCCCUUCUCAAACACGUUGACUCAGAGAAGUAAAUAUUUUUUCUUUUUAUGUGGUUAGUAAUGGAAGUUUUGUUGCCAAAACUUCCUUCUUUCAAAUUUCCAAGUCAUAGUCAUUGCUGCUCGAUCACUAGUAGGAGCUCAUCUCAUGUCAGGUUUGGGUUCCGUCGCAUAUCUUCUCUCUCUAUUUGUGCAUCAGCUGUCAAUGAAGCUGUAGCUGAACCUACUAUUGACUCCCCUUCUUUGGGUCACUCCACCCGGCCUCGUUUCCCUAUACUUCACCAGGAAGUAAAUGGCUCAAAACUUGUUUACUUAGACAAUGCAGCAACUUCUCAGAAGCCCACCGCUGUACUGAAGGCAUUGCAAAAUUAUUAUGAAGCUUACAAUUCAAAUGUGCACCGGGGCAUACAUUUCUUGAGUGCAAAGGCCACGGAUGAAUAUGAAUCGGCUAGAAGGAAAAUUGCAUCUUUUAUAAAUGCUUCUGAUUCUAGAGAGAUUGUAUUCACAAAAAAUGCUUCUGAAGCUAUCAAUCUUGUUGCUUAUUCUUGGGGGUUGUCAAAUUUAAAAGCAGAUGAUGAGAUCAUACUUACAGUUGCUGAACAUCACAGUGCAAUUGUUCCUUGGCAAAUAGUAGCUCAAAAAGUAGGGGCUGUUUUGAAAUUUGUGGAUUUAAACCAAGAUGAAAUUCCAGAUAUAGAAAAAUUGAAAGAAAUGCUCUCAAGGAAGACCAAAAUAGUUGUUGUCCAUCAUGUUUCAAACGUGCUUGCUUCUGUCCUUCCUAUUAGAGAUAUUGCACAAUGGGCACAUGAUGUUGGGGCGAAAGUUCUUGUAGAUGCUUGUCAGAGCGUUCCACACAUGAUGGUUGAUGUCCAGAACCUUAAUGCAGAUUUUCUUGUUGCUUCUUCUCACAAGAUGUGUGGGCCUACAGGCAUUGGAUUCUUAUAUGGUAAAAUAGACCUCUUGUCUUCCAUGCCUCCAUUUUUAGGAGGUGGAGAAAUGAUUUCUGAUGUAUAUCUUGAUCAUUCAACUUAUGCUGAACCUCCAUCCAGAUUUGAGGCUGGAACACCAGCUAUUGGGGAAGCAAUUGGUUUAGGAGCAGCAAUUGAUUACUUAUCUGGGAUUGGUAUGCAAACCAUACAUGAUUAUGAGGUGGAGCUGGGUAGAUAUCUUUACGAAAGGCUUCUUUCAGUGCCAAAUAUUCGCAUCUAUGGGCCAGCGCCUUCAGAAAAAGUCCAACGAGCUGCCCUUUGUUCUUUCAAUGUUGAGAAUUUGCACCCUACUGAUCUUGCAACAUUUCUGGACCAACAGCAUGGAGUAGCUAUCAGAUCAGGUCACCAUUGUGCCCAACCUCUCCAUCGCUAUUUAGGAGUGAGCUCAAGUGCACGCGCAAGUCUGUAUUUCUACAACACAAAGGAGGAUGUGGACAACUUUAUCAAUGCCCUCACUGACACAGUCAGCUUUUUCAAUUCAUUCAAGUAACCAGAAUGUAUUUAUAUGUAUAUUAUACAGUAUUUUGUUUAUACACGCCAACGAGGGUUGGUCUAGUUGGUAGAACAAGCUGCGUCAAUGAAAUGUUCUUGAAUUCCAUUCCUUCUUGAUAUCAUUGGUAGGCAUCCACUAAUUACAAUCCCUUGAACUUUUAUGAAUAAAGAAAAUGCUCAUACGCAUUAAAAUC